GUGAAGAAGGAGGAAAAUUCAAAUUAAAAAAAUCUGUGUCAACUACACAAAGGUCAUUCGUGUGUUUGCACUUCUUUAGAAUUUCCUGCGGUCUGAAACCCGCGAACCGUGUCGAUCGCAAAAAUGUUGGUGCAAUGAUUUCUAAUGCAAAAUUACACUUGUUAUUCCUUUUAUUUCUUCCCCAACUUUAUGCUAUUUCAAUGUCAAUCCCCUAAGAUGUCCAUGGGUAUAUAAGCAAGCGAUCAUCGAUGCAGUUGAAUUAGUUCAAAGUGCUUUGGCGGUGAGAAGUGAAGUGAAUAGCUUGGAUAAAAGGAUUAAGAAGAAUAUGUGGUGGAAAUUGAGUGUUUUGUGCAUAUUUGUGGUGCUAUUUUUUGGAUACGCUACCGCAACUUUCGACACCCUAAGGGAAUAUGUGGAUGCUCGUGCUAAUUUGGAAUUUACGGAGAAAAUUUAUGGAAGUCCCGAUAUCCGAAGAGAGUAUGACUUUAUCGUGAUCGGAGCAGGAUCAGCAGGAGCUGUUUUAGCCAAUCGUCUAUCAGAAGUAUCCAGAUGGAAGGUUCUACUUUUGGAAGCAGGCUAUGCCGAAACAUACCUCCACAAAGUUCCGCUCAUAUCCUCCACCUUCAUGUCCACGGCUACCAAUUGGGGCUACCUGGGAGAACCACUGGAGACAGCUUGUUUAGGCAUGACAAAUCGACGAUGUUCCUUCCCGCGCGGGAAAGUCUUGGGUGGAUCAAGUGUAAUCAACGCAAUGAUGUACGUUCGAGGAAAUCGACAUGAUUUUGAUAGAUGGGAAGCACUGGGGAACUACAACUGGAGCUACAAUGAUGUCUUGCCUUACUUUAGAAAGUCCGAGAUUGUAAAUCUCGAUGGAAGCGAAGACUACGAAUACCAUGGGCAUCGGGGUGAAAUGAGCGUACAGUACAAUCAGCAUAAAACCACAAUUCUUGACGCCUACCAAAAGGGAGCUAUUCAGAGCGGCUACGUGGAGCUGGACUACAACGGAGCCAGUCAAAUGGGAACGUCUAGAAUUCAAACAACAACGAAAAAUGGUCAAAGACACAGCACAGCGUCAGCAUUCCUAAAACCUAUUGCGAAAAAACGACCUAAUCUGCAUAUUGUAGCAGGAGCUAGAGUAACUAAGAUCCUAAUAGAUCCCUUCAAGAGGAUCGCCUUUGGGUGUGUCUUCCUGAGAAACAAUAAAUUCCACAGGGUCUAUGCAACAAGGGAGGUCAUUCUAUCGGCUAGUGUCUUCAAUUCACCACAGCUACUCAUGCUAUCAGGUAUAGGUCCAUCAGACCAUCUUAGAGAAAUCAACGUGACUUGUAUUCAAAAUCUACCAGUUGGAAAGAAAAUGUACGAUCACAUGCUAUACGUUGGACCAUCAAUCCUUCUCAAUACCACCAAACAGUCAGGCAAUCUGCAGAAUCUGAGAUCUGAGGACUUUAUGAACUACACCAGAGGCCAAGGACCUCUGACGAUUAUAGCAGGUGUUGAAGCUGUUACAUUUACAAAGUCCCCUGUUAGUGAAGAUCCUCCAGAUUACCCUGACACAGAGCUACUCUUUAUGUCCGGAACAAUGGGGUCAGAUGAGGGAGCUGGCUUAGCGAGAGGAGCAAAUAUUGAUAUCAGAGUCUACAAUGCACUAUUUAAGCGCCUAGAAAAUCCCGAUAUAGAUGCCGUGGCAAUUGCAAUACUCCAACUAAGAGCACGAUCAUCAGGGUACGUUAAACUUUGGAAUGACAACCCUUUCUACUGGCCUAGAAUCUUUCCGGGAUACUUCACGUACCAAGAAGAUGUGGAUACAAUCAUUCAUGGCCUACAGGAGGCUAUAAGAAUCGUCAAGAGCCCAGCUAUGCAGGCAUUGGGAGCAAAGUUAGAUGAGACCCCUGUUCCAGGAUGUGAAAUGUACAAAUUUGCCACCUACAAUUACUGGGACUGUGCUAUUCGUACAAUAGCUCUGCCUCUAUUCCACGCCAUGGGAACCUGUCGAAUGGGACCUGUUGGUGAUCCAAAUGCCGUUGUUGAUCCCGAGCUACGAGUUCAUGGUGUUAGGAGGCUAAGAGUUGCGGAUAUCAGUGUGGUUCCAGGACCCAUUUCUGGGCAUACAAAUGCUGCGGCCAUUAUGAUUGGCGAAAAGGCAGCAGAUAUGAUCAAAAGUGAUUGGCUAAGUGGAAAAUUCUACAGGCUCAACAUUAAUCGGUUUCUCGAGUGACAGGAUGAUGAACAAGCCGUGGUAAACGUGAAUUCUCAACAAUCGCGGUAUCUGUCGCAAAAAUAAACCAAAGAUUGUGAGAAGAUAGAGAUAAGAAAGACUGAGACAAAGGACAGAUUCAUAAUGUAAAAUAUAUAAUAUAAUGAAUUUUCUUAUAUACAAAUUGUGAAAAUCCUUAUCAGGUCGUGUGUCAUCGCCACAUGAGUGUGAAGAUUUUUCUUCGCGAGGCAGUUAAGUAAUAAUUUCUGUGGGGGGUAUAGGAUCGCGUGUGGUAUCUCCUUGAGUGAUAAGACGCACACACUGCAAAAAAAUCUUUUUUUUUCGGCUAAAGUGCUAAUCUGUUUGUCGUUUGUCCGUCUAGCACGCUCACGAGAGACUCCCAUUGCCUGAUAAACUUCACAUUCUGAUGCAAUUUGCUCUAAGGCAUUGCAAACACACUUCACGCUGUCUUCGCGCGGGGAGAAAGUUCAAGAGAUUGCAAUAAAAUCUUUUUACU